UGCUUCCCUAUUGGCCCUACUACAUUGAUUUCCAACUUUACGGCCAGUCUCUCUCUCUCUCCUCUCUCUCUCUCUCUCUCACGCACACAGACACAGAAGGAAAGGUUCUUUCUGUGCAGGAUCACAAUCCAACGGCUGAAAACGAAAGUCAUUCCAACGCAAAGCUCACUGACGCUUUAGAGCACAAACACAGAAACACACUCUCACCACACUAAACCACCAGACGAAGAAGCUUCACAAAUUCUCAGAUCUCUCUCUCUGCUUUGUUUCAAGCUCAUCUCUUUCAGAUCUAACGGUGGGGCCAAGUAGGGGAACAGAUCUGACGGUCCAUCUGAAUUGUUGUCGACUUGACAGGGCUUUGCGCACGUCGUCGAGUCCGUACAAAUGGAGACGAAAAGGAGUGGUGGUGGUGGCGAGGUUACGGUUGGCCAGGUCUCGUUGCUAUCGUGCGCCUGGGAGGCUCUUGCUACUCUGCUAACGUCAGCCUUGCUUUCUUUGGCCGCUCAAGAUCCUUUUGCGCCCUGUACAGCUUGUGGACCAAAAAGUGAAGGAGACAAUGAGAGUGAACAUUCCAACUACAAAGCAGUGGAUGCUGACGAAGAUGGAGAUGAAGAGAAGAAUAACGAUGGUGGAUUAGGAGAGACCGAAGAGGAGCUAUCGUCUGAUGACGGGGGAGGCAGUGGGAACAAUCCUAAUGGCAAAAGCAACAACUCCAAAGCCGAGUCUGGAGGAGAUGCCACUGGAGUAGGCGAAGAUGGUGAAGAGGAAGAAGAAGAAGAUGGCAACAACCGUGACGACGACGACGACGGCGAUGAUGAUGGAGAUCAAGACAAUGAAGAUGAUGAGGACGAGGAGGAGAAUGAUGAUGAUGAAGGUGAGGACAAGGAGGAGGAAGCAAUUGUGGAAGAGGAUGAACCAGAGGAUGAAGAAGAGGAUGAGGAAGAGGCCCUUCAGCCCCCAAAGAAGAGGAAAAAGUGAAAGAAGCUGCUUCGCGUCGUGCCAACCAUGAAAAGUGCUGUUUAACUUCGUACUCUCUUUAUAGGAGGAAGUUUCUGUGCCAGAACUGUUUAGGCUAAUUUUCUUGUAUUUCGUACACAUUUUAUGGUCCAAUAAUAUUUAGAAAAGACAAAAAUAUAACCCCACA